AUGGCAGAAGCUGUGCAAACCUAUGGCCGUAAGAAAACUGCGACUGCCGUCGCCCACUGCAAGCGCGGCAAGGGACUCAUUAAAAUCAAUGGAUCGCCAAUCCACCUUGUCGAACCCGAAAUUCUGAGAUUCAAAAUAUACGAACCAAUUUUACUCUUGGGUCAAGAAAAAUUUGCCAAUGUUGACAUCAAAGUUCGUGUUAAAGGCGGCGGUCACACCUCUCAAGUUUAUGCUAUUCGUCAAGCAAUUGCAAAAUCUAUUGUGGCAUUCUAUCAGAAAUAUGUUGACGAGGCUCAAAAAAAGGAAAUCAAGAAUAUGCUUAUUUGUUAUGAUCGAUCUUUAUUGGUGGCCGAUCCCCGUCGUUGCGAACCAAAGAAAUUUGGUGGUGUUGGUGCUCGUGCUCGAUACCAAAAAUCAUAUCGUUAA